AGAAUAGACAAAUAGCAUAGAUGCUCCUUUCCAGUGCCAACAGACCAUCCCACCGAGCGAACAAAGAGCACCCUAAAAGUCCCUCCACGUAGCUUUGAUACGGCUACCUGCUGCCAGCUGUUUGUAAGUUGUGUGAGCCACUUUACUGUUGCACGAUAAGCUGGUUAACAAGUCUUCUGGCAGAAACUGAAUGCUGAUAGUCCUGCGUUGUGUUAGUGCAUGUCGACGACCUUACAAACCGAAGCAGCUCAUCGCACAAGUGCGCUACUCAUCGUUAACAAUGUCGUCUGAAGGUCAGAAACCAGCCGACACGGACAAAAUUAAGCCUGCAGAAGACAGAUGGAGACUCAACUAUGUCACCGGGAACCUGUUCUCCUGCCCCAAAGAGGAGGCUUUGGCCCACUGCAUCAGUGAGGACUGCCGCAUGGGGGCAGGCAUAGCAGUGACAUUCAAGCAGAAGUUCAAAGGGGUAUCGGAGUUAAAGGAACAGAAGAAGCUGACAGGACAGUGUGCCGUGCUGAAAAGAGACAGACGCUUCAUCUACUAUCUGAUCACAAAGAAAAAGGCCAGCCAAAAACCCACCUAUGACAGCCUGAGACUGAGCCUGAAGGACAUGAAGUUGCACUGCGAAAAGAACGGGGUGACAAAAAUAUCAAUGCCUCGUAUUGGCUGUGGCCUGGAUCGACUGGAGUGGGCAAGAGUGUCGAAGAUACUGGAGCAGGUCUUCAAUCACACAAACAUCUCCAUCACAGUCUACAGCCUUCCAAUGAGAGCAGAGACCACGGUGAUGAAGGAAAACAUGCACAGAUAAUCAAUGCAAAUGUUUGUUUAUUGUAAUACUCACUUUAUGCACUUUUCUGUAUUAUUGGCACAGUUUGUGACCACGAUGGUGAUGGUGAUUUUUCGUUUAAAUGUUAUAGUACAGAUUAUUUGGAAAUAAAUGUUUAUACGUCAAAGUCAA